GAGAGAGAGAGGGAGAAUGAGUUACCUACUACUGAGAACGCUGACGAAGAAGCAAGAAGUGGACUCCAUAAUCAGAGACACCAUCGACAAAGUCCUCGUCCUCCGCUUCGGCCGUUCUCCCGAUCAGGCCUGUCUCCUUCUCGACGACGUCCUUGCUAAAUCUGCUCGUGAAGUUUCCAAGUUCGCGAGCAUCGCUCUCGUUGAUAUUGAUUCUGAGGACAUUCAAGUUUACAUCAAAUAUUUCGACAUUUCGUUGAUUCCGUCGACGGUUUUUUUCUUCAAUGCUCAUCAUAUGAAGAUGGAUUCUGGUACCGCGGAUCAUACUAAAUGGGUUGGUGUAUUUCGCCAAAAGCAGGAUUUCAUCGACGUUGUAGAGGCAAUAUUUAGAGGGGCCAUGAAAGGCAAGCUGAUUGUGAAUUGUCCGCUGCCACCUGAUCGAAUUCCGAAAUAUCAGUUAUUGUACAAAGAUAUAUAAAAAUUCUCCAGGCCGUAGAGAGGCGCAUUUGGAGUUAAAAGGCAUUUUGUUCAGCAUGCCAGCUAUGUUUAAGAUUCCUUAAGCGUAAGAUUUAUGGGCUUUUCUUGUGGCAUGAGCUACUGGAACUAUCUGGAAGAAGCGUAAGAUUGAUAACUUUACUCUCAGAGACCGAAGAAAGAGUUAAAAUUAGUGUUGUGAUAUGAGGAGAUUUUUGGACUUCUGUUAUGUGAAGAAACAUGUUCAUUGCAUUUUCGGAGAUGUCAACCACGUAUAUACUAGAAGCCGCUAUGAGACCCUGCACAAUUUAUUCUAUGUUUUUUCUUUAUUUUUUGUUAAAGUUGAAUAUUUUUUACCCUUGUGAUAUGAUAAAGUUAAAUAUUUUUUAUACCCUUAUGAUCUGAAGUGACAUAAUU